UUGUCCCCUAACCUUUAGACUAGUUUUCUUCUGGCUCUCACUGUGUCUUCCCCAGCUUUAGAAGGCAAACCUGACGCACCUUAACAGGCUGACACGUAGUUUUAAAGUUCGGUCUGCAAUCGUGUUUAGUUAGGGUUAGUUUAUUGGUUUGUUUUAGGUAUGUGUGGUCGUGAUGUUGAGGGGUUAGGGAGUAAACUGUACCAGCGAGAGCUCUUACAAAGAUAGAAGGCGACCGGCUGUCUCUGUGUUUUCCAGCCGGAACGCGCCCACCCUUCACAAUACGUCAUCAGUGAAGCGCGUGUGCGUGCCUCCUUUUCAAGAGUUGUAGUUGGGAAAGCAGAUAAAUCGUUAGCUUCUACUUGUGUACCUCGGCAGGCUAAGUUAGCGAGCUAACUGGUUCCCACAGCUGAAGAAAUCCUCGCUGCUACCCGCCGUCUUUCUUUGGAGAGGAGUCCAUCUUCUGGCGAGAUCAUGGAUGAUUUCUCGCUAGCAGAUGCCUUAGGAGAUGAUACUACAAGCCAGGCUAAGAAAAUACGCAACACCAACCCAUCUGCCCCCACUAGCAAUCCUGCACCUCCUUCAAACCCAGGAUGGCCUAGUUCAGCUCCUGGAGCCCCCACCCAGCCCUCUGCUCCGCUCGACUACCACGGUGGAUCAUCUGGCCCAGGGGCACCAGGGCAGUUUCCCUUCCCUUCAGGUCCUGGAGCACCAGGGCAAUACCCUGGACCUCCUUCAGCACCUGGUGGGUUCCCCCCUGGUCCUGGGAUACCUGGACAAUAUCCACCUGCACCAGGAGCUCCAGGUCAGUUUCCCUCCGGCCCUGGAGCUCCUGGGCAGUACCCUGGGCAGUAUCCACCAGAAGGAGCUCCAGGACAGAUACCUGGAGGCGCUGCUCCUUACCCAGUGGGACCAUUUCCUUCUGGCCCCGGAGCUCCCCCUGGCCCUUAUCCAAGUGUGCCUUUCCCAGGUGGUCAGCCAGGAGGCAAUGGCAUCUAUGGGCCAGGCGGUCCAGGUGCAUUCCCACCUGCAGCUGGACCUGGUGCUUUCCCUGCAUUCCCCAGCGGAGGCUUUCCCCCGAUACCACCCGGUUCUUGGGGACCACCAGCAGGUGGAGGCUUCCCAGCUGCCCCUGGUCCCUUUGGCCCUGGUCCGGGGCCUAUGGGUCCAUAUGGUGGGCCUGCUGCCCCAGGAGGGACACUGAUGGUGCCGUAUGAUCUCCCCCUUCAUGCUGGAAUAAUGCCACGACUUUUAAUCACAAUAAUAGGGGAGCCUCUUCCCUGUGCAGACAGGUUCAAUGUUGACUUUAUCAAAGGUCCAGAUGUAGUCUUUCACUUCAACCCUCGUUUUAACGAGCAAACAAUUGUUAGAAACUCCAACUUAGGCGGAUACUGGGGACCUGAAGAGCGGGAAGGAGGGUUUCCAUUUGUUCAGGGACGGCGUUUUGAGCUGAAGAUCCUCGUGGAGGAAGACAUGUUCAAAGUGGCGGUGGACGGCACACACCUGUUGGAGUACGAGCACAGAGUCGGUGGCCUGGAGGAAGUGAACCUACUGCGAGUGGGCGGAGACCUCGUCCUCUACAGCGCUGCCCCGAGCAUGAUCUGAACCCACGGCUGAAGCACACGCUGUACAGGCGACCUGAGUCAAACUUUACCACUGUAUUUGAAAUCCUUUUUAAAUACUUGGUCGCAUUGCAAAGCGCAAUCGUUGCCCACCUGGCACAUUUGUCACAGAACAGCUGUACGCCAUAAUCCUUUUCUCUCUUUUUUUUAAUAGUUGCUCCAAUCCAAUUAAUUUUGAUCACAUAUGAGAAUCUUCAGUAGUAAAAGAGUUUAAAAGCAUUUAAAAUAGGUAUUUUUGGGAGAAAAACUAAUUUAUACUUAAUGAAAAGAUUGUAGGCUAAGAAGAAAGGCAUGCCAAGUCCCAAACAUUUCAAAUAUUUUCCACUGGUAUCUUGUUUUUUUUUUUUUUUUGUUUACAUGUAUGUAAAUCAUUCUAAGUCUCUGUAAUUGCAUGAGAGUGUGAUGCUGAAAAUCAUUUCCUUUUUAUCUGCUGGCCUGCAGACGUGCUGUAGAGUGGAACAAUGAUGAGGUUUCUUAAAAUGCACAGAGUAAUAUAAAGAGAAUGUGUACUUCUCCUUUCUUCAGCUGUAAUCCUCCUGAGCUCUCAGGCUGGAGGGUCAAGAAAAGAUUUAAAGAAUUAUGAUUUCAUGUUGAAGUCAAAACCCUGAUGGUAAAAAGACAUAUUAAAGGCUCGUAUUAAAGAAAAAUGUGGAGGGAUGGGGUCUCCAUUUGUUGCCAGAGCUGACAAGUUGAGGUUAUAAAUUAAAAGGAACAACAAACAAGAAAAAUGACUGAUGGAAGAAGAUUGCUUACUUCUCCUGAGCUUCUGACGUGCACUUAUAAUAAAUACAGGUUAUCCCACUUAGUUUUUCUGAAUCUAAAGCCAGGGAAUCAGUUCCUGUGUUACUGAUGGUGUAAGUUUGUGUGUUUGACUGAAUUUAUAUAUCGUGCCCCCUGUGGUGCAAGUGCCAGAUUCUGAUGUUAAUAGAUUUGACUACAGUGAUGCCACUCAGUACAAAAUAAAAACAUUUCAAC